AAUUCAAUGAAAUCAUGCAGUCUAGGGCGGUUUCAAUGCAAUGUGAUAUCGUUUUUGGUAAACACAAUUUUGUGAAAUCGUGUUUUACACAAAGCAUUCACGCCAAAUCCACCGAACCUGGAAAAACGACUCUCCUUUUACUUUCCAUUAACGCAAUCUCGCAAGCAUUAGCUCCCCGAUGUUGCGAUUCUCCGAUUGAUGCUUCUCUUCUUCAAGGGGAUUACAAGUCUUAGGGCUCUCAAGAACUGCUAAAACCGUUAAAUUUUGAGCGCAUGGAAUCACCAGUUAAUUGUUUAAGGGACACAUCUGUUGUCAUUGUUACAUUGGAUACUAGUGAAGUGUAUGUUAUUGUCAGCUUGUCUUCAAGAACUGACACUCAAGUUAUUUACAUUGAUCCAACAACGGGAGCACUUUGCUACAGUGGGAAGCUGGGUUAUGAUGUUUUCAGUUCUGAAGAAGAAGCCAUAAAUUGCAUUACCAAUGGAUCAAAGUGGUUGUGUAAGAGUACAACUUAUGCUAGGGCAAUAUUGGGUUAUUCAGCUCUGGGAAGCUUUGGGCUGCUUCUUGUGGCAACAAAGUUGACUGCUAGCAUUCCAAAUUUGCCUGGUGGAGGGUGCAUAUGUACAGUGACUGAGAGCCAAUGGAUCAAGAUUUCAUUACAAAAUCCUCAACCUCAGGGUAAAGGAGAACUAAAAAAUAUUCAUGAUUUGACUGACCUUGACAUUGAUGGGAAGCACUAUUUUUGUGAAACAAGAGAUAUUACUCGACCCUUUCCAAGCCGUAUGCCCUUGCAUGAGCCAGAUGAUGAAUUUGUUUGGAAUGGAUGGUUUUCAGUACCUUUCAAAAACAUUGGGCUACCACAUCACUGUGUCAUUCUUCUGCAGGGCUUUGCAGAAUGUAGAAGUUUUGGGAGCUUAGGUCAGCAAGAAGGGAUUGUUGCUCUGACUGCUCGUCGCAGCCGGCUCCAUCCUGGUACUCGGUACUUGGCUAGGGGUUUAAAUUCAUGUUUUAGCACAGGAAAUGAAGUUGAGUGUGAGCAGCUUGUAUGGGUUCCUAAGAAGGUUGGUCAAAGUAUUCCUUUCAACACAUACAUUUGGCGACGAGGUACCAUUCCAAUGUGGUGGGGUGCAGAGUUAAAGUUAACAGCUGCUGAAGCUGAAAUAUACGUAUCAGAGCGUUAUCCUUAUAAAGGGAGUUUGCAAUAUUAUCAAAGGUUAACCAGUAGAUAUGAUGCUCGAAAUUCAGAUGUUAGUGGGGGGAAUCAGAAAAAAAUUGUGUUGGUUCCAAUUGUGUGUAUCAACUUACUCAGGAAUGGAAGAGAAAAAUCAGAAUCCAUAUUAGUUCGGCAUUUUGAAGAAUCUUUAAAUUAUAUUAGAUCAACUGGAAAACUUCCCUAUACUCGAAUUCAUUUAAUAAAUUAUGACUGGCAUGCCACUGUAAAAUUUAAAGGUGAACAGCAAACAAUUGAAGGACUGUGGAUACUUCUAAAAGCACCCACUGUAUCUAUAGGCAUUUCUGAAGGGGAUUACUUGCCUUCACGGCAACGAAUUAAGGAUUGCAGAGGUGAAAUCAUUAGUAAUGAUAAUCUUGAAGGUGCAUUCUGUUUGAGAUCACAUCAAAACGGAGUGGUACGUUUCAAUUGUGCAGACUCUUUGGACAGAACCAACGCUGCUAGCUAUUUUGGUGCACUCCAAGUUUUCAUGGAGCAAUGUAGGAGGUUAGGGAUAUCACUUGAUAGUGAUUUGGCAUUUAGUCAUCAGUCUUAUAAUAAUUAUGGUGGUUAUACUGCUCCAUUGCCACCAGGCUGGGAGAAACGAUCUGACGCUGUGACAGGGAAAACGUAUUAUAUUGAUCACAACACUAGGACCACAACUUGGAUGCAUCCAUGUCCAGAUAAACCUUGGAAGAGAUUUGAUAUGAAAUUUGAGGAGUUUAAGAGAUCAACAAUAUUAUCACCAGUGUCUCAAUUGGCUGAUCUUUUCCUACUUGCGGGUGAUAUUCACGCAACACUUUAUACUGGUUCAAAAGCUAUGCAUAGCCAAAUUCUAAACAUAUUCAAUGAAGAAGCAGGCAAAUUUAAACAGUUCUCUGUGGCACAGAAUCUUCAGAUCACUCUGCAAAGAAGGUACAAAAAUGCAGUUGUGGACAGCUCUCGUCAGAAGCAGUUGGAGAUGUUUCUUGGAAUGAGGCUUUUUAAGCAUCUUCCAUCAGUUCCGGUUCAACCUUUACAUGUUCUAUCUCGGCCACCUGCUUGCUUUCUUAAACCUGUUGCCAACAUGUUUCCAAGUUCCAGUGGGGGAGCCAGCCUCCUAAGUUUCAAGAGAAAAGAUCUAAUCUGGGUUUGUCCACAGGCUGCUGAUGUUGUUGAGCUUUUUAUUUAUCUUCAUGAGCCUUGCCAUGUUUGUCAGCUCCUUCUAACAGUUUCACACGGUGCGGAUGAUUCAACUUUUCCAUCGAUGGUUGAUAUAAGGACAGGGCCCUAUUUGGAUGGGCUUAAGCUUGUUGUGGAGGGAGCUUCUAUACCGCAAUGUGCAAAUGGGACAAACCUUCUGAUACCCUUGCCAGGACCAAUUAGUGCAGAGGAUAUGGCUGUCACUGGAGCAGGUGCACGCCUUCAUGCACAAGAUUCAUGUAGCCUUUCAUUACUGUAUGAUUUUGAGGAACUGGAAGGAGACUUGGACUUUCUUACUCGUGUAGUUGCACUGACAUUUUAUCCUGCUCUAUCUGGAAGAAGCCCUAUAACUAUUGGUGAGAUAGAAGUACUUGGAGUUUCUCUUCCCUGGACUGGUGUAUUUACCAAUGAGGACCCUGGUGCACGGUUAUGUGACUUCACAAAAAAGUUACAAAAAAAAACUAACCCUUGUAUGUAUGAUAAUAAUCCAUUUUUAGGCACUUCUUCAUCCAAGGAACCUGCAUCACAGUUAGAGCAGCCCAAUGCUUCUGCCGACCUUUGGGUAGACCUUUUAACUGGAGAAAGCACUCAUUCAGAAUCUGUUUCUCAAGAAGAGACACAAAAUACCAUGUAUGAGGGAAGCAACUUUCUUGAUUUCUUGGAUAAUGUUGUCACUGGAAACCAGGAUGAUGUUGAGGUCCAAAUAUCCUCUGCACAAGAUGGAAGAGCUUCAGACAGUGCCCAACAGUACAUAAAUUGUUUGAAAUCCCUUGCAGGUCCCCGCAUGGAAAAGAAACUGGACUUUGUAGAGGCUAUGAAACUGGAAAUUGAACGUCUUCAGUUGAAUCUUUCUGCCGCUGAAAGGGAUAGAGCACUGUUGUCCAUUGGUAUUGAUCCUGCCACUAUAAACCCAAACCUACUGCUUGAUGAAACGUACAUAGGAAGAUUAUGCAGAGUUGCAAACAGCCUUGCGUUGCUUGGGCAGGCUUCCCUUGAGGACAAAAUCACAGCUGCUAUUGGUCUUGAUACUAUUGAUGAUAAUACUAUUGAUUUUUGGAAUAUUACUAGAGUUGGAGAGAGAUGUUCUGGUGGUAUAUGUCAAGUUCAUGCUGAAAGUGGGGGACCUGGAUAUGCAUCCCCUCUGCUAUCAUCCACAGGAGAUUCUCCAUCCAUCUUGGUGUGUUCUCAAUGUAGUAGAAAGGUUUGUAAAUUUUGUUGUGCUGGGAGAGGAGUUCUUCUAUUUGCAAACAGUAACUCAAAGGAUGUUACAAACUAUAAUGGUGGUUCAAGCUUGGGCGGAUCAAGCCACGGCAGCCAAGUUGAUGUCUCUACAAAUCGUUCAGUAAUAUUAGAUGAGGUUAUUUGUAAACACUGCUGCAAUGAUAUUGUUCUUAAUGCAUUGAUACUGGACUACAUCAAGUUCUUGAUAAGCUUGCGAAGAAGUAACCGUGCUGACAGUGCAGCAUAUAAAGCCUUGGACCAGGUUAUAGGAUUUUCCUUAGUGGAUAGUCUUCCUCAAAGGACUCUGUCUUCUGAUAUUGUUUUUAGAAUCCCAAGACAGCUACUAAAUGGAGAGGAAUCUCUUGCUGAAUUUCCAUCUGCCAGCUUUCUGCACCCGGUUGAAACAGCAACAGAUUCUGCUCCACUCUUGUCAUUGCUUUCUCCACUAAAUUCUGGAUCACAACAUUCUUAUUGGAAAGCUCCUCCAAACACCUCUUCUAUUGAAUUUGCUAUUGUUCUUGGAAGGCUUUCAGAUGUCUCUGCGGUCAUCCUAUUUGUUAGUCCAUGUGGCUAUUCAGUAGCAGAUGGUCCUACUGUGCAAAUCUGGGCCAGCAAUAAAAUACACAAGGAAGAAAGAUCUUGCAUGGGAAAGUGGGAUGUACAAUCUCUGGUUUCAUCUUCCUCAGAAUUAUAUGGACCAGAAAAGUUGGGUGGAGACAAAAAGUUACCUAGGCACAUAAAAUUUUCUUUCCGUAAUCGUAUUCGAUGCCGCAUCAUUUGGAUAACACUCCGUCUUCAGCGACCCGGUUCAAGUUCUAUGAACUUUGAGAAAGAUUUCAAUCUUUUAUCACUAGAUGAGAAUCCAUUUUCACAAUUGAACCGCCGUGCAUCUUUUGGGGGUGCAAUUGAAAGUGAUCCUUGUCUUCAUGCCAAAAAAAUUAUAGUAGUUGGAAUCCCAGUGAAGAAAGAAAUCGAGCCAACUUCACAAGGAAAUGACCAAAUAAAUUUGAAAAACUGGCUGGAGAGAGCUCCACAAUUGAAUAGAUUCAUGGUCCCAGUUGAGGCUGAGAGGCCAAUUGAUAAUGACCUUGUUUUGGAGCAGUAUCUAUUCCCUGCUUCGCCUAUGCUGGCCGGAUUUCGUCUUGAUGCUUUUAGUGCAAUAAAACCGCGAGUUACCCAUUCACCUUCUUUAAAUGUAAAUAUAUCAGAUACAUCUAUAACAUUUUUAGAAGGCAGACACGUCUCUCCAGCUGUACUAUAUAUUCAAGUAUCUGCGUUCCAGGAAUCUCAGAUGGUUACCAUUGCUGAAUUUCGGUUGCCGGAGGCUAAACCUGCAACAGCAAUGUACUUCGACUUCCCGAGCCAGAUACAGACCCACCGAAUAUCAUUCAAACUUCUUGGUGAUGUUGCUGCUUUUGCAGAUGAUCGAGCAGAACAAGAUGAUUCUGAUUUUAAAGCUUUGCCAUUGGCAGUAGGUUUGUCUUUGUCCAGAAGAAUUAAGUUGUACUACUAUGCCAAUCCUUAUGAACUCGGGAAAUGGGCUAGCCUUUCUGCAGCAGUUUGAAUGUUAUUUUUGCACAUAGAGAAAAUGGGUCAGGGGGAAUGAAGUCAUGAGUUUUUGUUGUGGUGGUUUUAUUAAUAUUUUUUGUUGUAAUUUUUGUGUUUGUAACAGUAGUAAUUCAUUAAUGUAAUAAUAUUGGUGCUGGCGAGAAA